CGGCCGGGCCCAACCCAGCCCAGCCCAACCAAACCCCUCCCUGUCUGCAGCAAGUGGCAGCGGGAGAAGGGCGGUGGCGCCAUCACGUGAGGGCCCUGCCUGGCGCUCGGCUCCCCGCGCAGCCUUGCCGCCGCCGACCCCCGGCCCCGUCCCGAGCACCGCCGCCGCCUCGCCUCGCCUCGCCCCGCGCUCCCAUGCCCAGCAGCGAGGCGGUGCCGCUGGGGCUGGGCGCCUGCCGCAGGUCAGGGGCGCUGGCCGGGAUGCUGGCGCUGGUGGCGCGGCUGCUGGAGUGGCUGCGCUCGCUGUUCUGGAAGGAGGAGAUGGAGCUCACCCUGGUGGGGCUGCAGUACUCGGGCAAGACCACGCUGCUCACCGUGCUGGCGUCAGGGCAGUUCACAGAAGAUAUGAUUCCUACAGUAGGCUUCAACAUGAGAAAAAUAACGAAAGGAAACGUUACCAUAAAGGUAUGGGACAUUGGAGGGCAGCCAAGGUUUCGAAGCAUGUGGGAGCGUUAUUGCAGAGGAGUCAAUGCAGUUGUUUACAUGGUGGAUGCAGCAGACUUAGAAAAAGUAGAAGCUUCAAAGAAUGAGCUACACAGUUUGAUAGAUAAGCCACAAUUGCAUGGAAUUCCAGUGUUAGUCCUUGGAAAUAAAAGAGACCUCCCAGGUGCACUGGAUGAAAAGCAGUUAAUUGAGAAAUUAAACCUUUCAGCUAUUCAAGACAGAGAAAUCUGUUGCUAUUCCAUUUCCUGUAAAGAGAAGGAUAACAUUGACAUAACAUUACAAUGGCUUAUUCAGCACUCCAAAUCAAGAAACUGUUGAAGACGACUUUUGCUGAAGAUAACUCUUUCCCAAUCACUUUGACUCCUAUCACCUAUACACAAGUGAAAAGAUAAAGAAAGCAACUGCAUACUACCAGGACUCACUUUGAUUGUGUUUGUUAACAGAAGUAAAACUGAAUUAUAGCUUGUCUCUUUAUCUUGUUGGGUGUUUUUUUUUUUUGGGGGGGGGGGGUGUUUUGUUUUUUUUUUUAAAUCUGGAUACUUGUCUGCCUAGGUGAAAUUCCUGAACGCCUUAAUACAAGACUGAAAGAAAUCAAUACUUUUUUGGGCUGAAAUGUUUGAGUUUAUGCAUGUGAAUUGUCAAAUACUUUGUAAUUUUUUUCUAAUUUGAAACUGAAUAAACUGCACAGUGGAAACAGA